UUAAUUAAUUAAUUGCUGUCCUUCCAAAAUUUUAAGUUUCACACUUUUCCGCCUGUACUGUAUGACGUAAAUCAAUUUUCUCGAUCAAAAUACUUUACGCAUGAGCCCUCUGUUAUAGGUAUGGGCGCUGUCGCACCGAUAGAUUCGAGUACACACACACACAUACCUCGAUAGAAAAUAUAAACAUAGCGUAGAUAACAUUUCAAUUUCGAAAUGGCGGGAACAAAUAUAAAACAUUAUUCAUUAGAUUUUCUUUCUUACAACGCGAAUAAAUUAUCCUAUCGUAUCGCGUUUUGUUCGGUUUACGUUCAAGUCAUGAUUAUUAAAUAAAAAACAAGUUAACAUCAAGUUUGGAACAGCUCGACUCGGGAACGUGAGUGAUCGCGAAAAAGGCUUCGCGAAUCGAACUCUUUCGUCGAACUUUCCAUACUCGGAGAUCUCUAUAAGGCGAAAUCUUCUUAACUCUAAAGAUUUUAUUCUUCUCUUUGCUUUUCGACAUUAUUGAGGCUGAGGAUUCGACUGUACUUGAUACAGUGCUGUGCCACUCGUUUUGAUUAAAGAUGGAGGAAGCUGGUAACGAUAAGUUUCUGUCAAGAAGGCGUUCUGCAGCUCUAAAGGCUUUCAAAGUCAAAGAUGAACGAGUAGCAACUUUUAAGAAGGUAGCAGCGAUUUUACAAAAAUCUGAGAUAGACAGAACGGCUGAAGAAACGGGAAUACUAGUAUCUUGUAGCGACGUAGUAAAAGAGGUUAAUUUAAGGCAAGAGAAAAGGCACAGGGUAAAGGCAAGAUUGGAAGAAGUAGAAGAUGCACCAGAGAUUUUAGAAGAAAAAUGUAUCAGAUUGGCUGCGGCAAUCAGCAGAGCGACAUCAUUAGCUGUUUACACUGGAGCUGGCAUUAGUACAGCUGCUUCUAUUCCUGAUUACAGAGGGACAAACGGUGUUUGGACUCGCUUACAACAAGGAAAAGAUAUUGGGAACCAUGAUCUGAGCCAAGCAGAACCGACGUUAACACAUAUGGCUCUUUACGCUUUGUACAAGGCAAGGGUUUUAAAGCACGUAGUUUCUCAAAAUUGCGACGGACUUCAUUUACGUAGUGGAAUACCUCGUACGCUAUUAUCCGAAGUUCAUGGCAAUAUGCAUGUAGAAGUUUGUAGAACGUGCAAACCCCACAAAGAGUAUUGGAGAUUGUUCGACGUCACCGAGAAGACUGCUCGAUAUUCUCACGGCACCGGGAGACAGUGCCACAGGUGUGACUCUACUUUACAAGAUUCGAUAGUCCAUUUCGGUGAAAGAGGGAAUCUCCCGUGGCCGAUCAAUUGGAACGGUGCGACGAAAGCGGCGAAGCAAGCAGACGUUAUUUUAUGUUUGGGUUCUAGUUUAAAAGUGCUCAAGAAAUACCCGUGGUUAUGGCAAAUGGACAGGCCGGUUCACAAACGUCCGUCGUUGUACAUUGUUAAUUUGCAAUGGACUCCAAAGGAUGAGAACGCGGUUUUAAAAAUAAACGGGAAAUGUGACGAAGUUAUGAAGCGAGUUAUGACUCAUCUAGGAAUAGAAAUACCGCAAUAUAAUCGUGCUAAGGACCCUAUCUUCUUCCAUGCUAUCCGGCUCAUGAAUAGUGAACAACACACGAAGAGUCAACCGUGUUUGGAGGAGCCGCCCGAGGUUGUUUCUCAGAGAGAACUAAUCGAGAUCAGCAAUAAUUUUCACGAACAAGUUUCAUCGGAAGCCAACGAGAAAGAUUGUGUUCCACCCAUAGAAGUGAUCGAACCAUUGGCUGCUUACUCGGCACCGUUCUUUACAGCAUUACCAUUUCUUUCAAUGGGCUUGCCAUUUCCACCCAUGUACAUGUGUCCUCAACUAACGCCACUCUUUUAUUACCCAUUCAUGCAAGUAGCAAAUUUGACCUCAGAAACGCCAAAACCUAAGCCAGCUUGUACCUUUUGUAUGGAGAACGAAGGCUCGCUCACUUGUCUCUAUUAUGAACAGGAUAUAGACAAUUCCACCUUAUUAGGAUCCGAAACUGAACAGAUAAAGGACACGAACGCGUUGGUAAUACACACAGAUCCUCCGUUGACUCGGAAAAAUCCUGGGUGGUUUGGUAAAGGAUAUCGGAAAGGAAUGAAGAAGAGGCGGUAGCAUUUACUUGUUUCAAACAAGGAGAACGAUCUUCCUUUUCUCGGUUACACCGUGAACAUAUAGCAUAUGGUAUAUGAUAAUGUGCGUAAGUGUUCGACGCCUCCAUAUUAUGGAAACUGUAUACAGAACUCGUAAAUGUGUAGCAACUUACUUCCAGUAUCCAAACUAUUAGCCAUUAAAUUAAAGUAUUUAAAGUUGAAAAGUAUAAUCUAAGCAUUAUAUUCAUCCUGUUUGAUAGUUGCGUAGUUAUUUAUGCAAUUUGUUUCUCACAGUUCCGAACAAAACGUAUUAAUAGAUCUAUUUAAAUAUCCGUGCGAGUCAAAUUGUUGAUUUCUCGAUUUUUAUCGUUAAUAAUGUAUUUGUAAGAUAUGUUUGACCCGAUCUUUUUACUAAUGUAUAGUUCAAUUAUGUUGUGAUUUUUAGUUAUAAGACUUUUACAAUGUUAAACAUGUUACAUGGAAAGUUCACAGUAACCAAAGUGAUAAUUCUCAUUUCGUUACUAUCGUCAUCAUCAUCGCCAAUUGGUAUUUUAUAUUUGUACAGUUGAGUGUAUCGUAAUUUAAAAACGAAGUUCACAGUAUUUCCGUAACAAUUCUUGCAUUGUUUUAUCAUUUUAUUAAUCAUUCCAAUUUUAGGAAUUAGAUAUUGGAGGAAAAUUAAUUCUAUGCAUAUUAAAGGACUGUUUGUAAUAAAUACUAAACUACGAUAGAUGUUUCUUUGUAUCAGUCAAUAAUGGAAUAAACAAAACAUUUUAUAUAAAAUACGUGAAUCUUAAAAAUGUGCAAUAUGUAUGAACAAUCUUUGUGGUGAUCGGUUGUUUUAUAUAUAUUUAAGCAAAUAUCCUGUCUUAAAAUAAUAGAAUCGAAUAUCGAGACUA